CAGCCCGGGCAGGAGGCGGAGAGGCGCUGAGCUUUUUUAUCUGCAGACCAGGAGGGAGGGAUCCAGAUCCCUGCGGUCUUACCCGAAGGAAGCCUUCUGACCGGUGGUAGCCGCGGUUCUCCGCAGAGUUUUGCCUCCGCGUCCGCACCAGCCCAGAGUCCCAGGGGGCAGGCGGUGCGUCCCGGCGCGGCGAGAGGAUGGUCAUCCGUGUCUUCAUCGCCUCCUCCUCUGGCUUCGUGGCGAUAAAGAAGAAGCAGCAAGAUGUGGUUAGAUUUCUGGAAGCCAACAAGAUAGAGUUUGAGGAGGUGGAUAUCACAAUGUCAGAAGAACAGAGGCAGUGGAUGUACAAAAACGUGCCCCCAGAAAAGAAGCCCGCUCAGGGCAACCCUCUGCCGCCUCAGAUAUUUAAUGGUGACCGAUACUGUGGAGAUUAUGACAGUUUCUUUGAAUCAAAGGAAAGCAACACAGUCUUUUCAUUCUUAGGCCUGAAAUCACGGUUGGCAUCAAAGGCAGAACCUUAGAGAAGACGAGUGGAAGAUGAUGGAGAUGCAUUUUGGAGCGCCCCCUGGUACUCAGCGCACACCUGCUUACCUAAUGCAUCACUGUGACAAAAGCCACAUGCAUCAUCAGUAACUUUGCUUGCAUUUGGAAAAGGUGUUCUUGGAAGACAUGGGGAUAAUGGGAUUGCAUGAUCGCUUUAAACCAAAUCAGAACUGUGGUGGGUUUUUUCUUAUUUUCAGAAUUGCCUGCAGUUGCCUCACUCACCUGGAGGCACUAUAACCUGUUACAGGUGUGCUUCCUUAAAGACUGAAAGAUAAGUGAGUGGCGCCAUCAGAGAGAAAAUGUUGGAUCUGUCCUAGGUUGUAGUUGAUGCCACUAUUGCUCAGACCUUCUUCUCUUUUAAGCUGCCUGGGUUGUAUCCUUAAAUUAGUCUGCCAGGAUAUUAGAGUCUUCUGAUCAGAAAGAAAAAGAAAAAAGAAAUGUUGGUUGACAAAGGAAUUAAGAUUUUCGCUGCAAAAUCACAAAUGUCACUUCCAGUGCUUUGUAAUAACACCUACGGGAAAAGUUGGAUGUUCUAGGCUCCUUUUGGUAAUGUAAAUUCUUACCCCCAUAAAUCCUCUAAGCACCCACAGAUGUUUCCAAAAAUCACUGUUGCAACUAUGUGUGAUCAGAAUCAAAUUACAUGGAUGAAAAUAAUUGCUAUUUUGGAAAAUAGAUGCUUCUUUAUCUCUUGCAAGAGGAAAUUUUCACCUAAAUGCAUAAAACUGUUUAAAAGUAUAUUUUAAGAGGUGCACUAAUUAGAUAGUAAAUUUAUAGGAAAAGUACUUGACUCAUAUCUGAAGGCAUUUUCAGCUCUAGCAACUUAUACAUGAGUGCACAUAUAUUUUUAAAUGGAGCUACCCUGACUAACAGCUGCUUAUUCUAUUUUGUGAAGGGAUUAUAUUUUUUUGAGACAGGAAGAUCCUGGUUAGAUAUAUUUUGUGAACCCUUGAUAAGGCAUAUUAAGAGAUACUAAUCUUGCUGCACAAUUUAGUUAUUUUCUGCCUUACUUUCCUUUGGUUCUUUAACUUUGCUAGUUCAUAUUUCUGGCCAAUGCACAGUCUCAGAUUUUUCAGAGUAAUGUAAAUACAUGUUCUCAUUCCAUAUACGAGCUCAGUGAGUUUCCAUAGCAGCAUAUAUGAGAAAGGGGCUGUUGGGGAUAAAUCUGAAUUGUACUUGGCAUGCAAAGUCUUUACUCCCUCUGGAGUGGAUGCUGAUAAACACUAAGCAUAUCUAUUUUAUUAGGGCAGAGCCUACUUUCUUACUUCCUUGUCCCUGCUUACAUUUUUUUAGAGUUUUUAGUUGCCAAACACGGGAAGAGUCUUGAAUAGGACAUACUACCAGCAGGCUACCUAAAAUAUUCCGCUAUUCUCAGCAUCCUGAUGCUAGACCUUCCGUUUAGAUUCUGAGCAGGGUAUUUAUAAGAAACUAAAAGAACAGAAGAAUUAAAGCCCUAUCACAUAUGUUCUCUCACCCUCCAACUUGCUAAAUGUGGACUCGUUGAAUGCAAAAGCUAAAAUCCUAGACAGAUUUGUAACCCAGGACUGCAAUCAGAAGAAAAGCAUGCCACAGAUUUCUGCUAGACUGGAACACAAACACGACCCACAGUUUUCUCUCCAAGGAAAGCUGUUGUGAAAUCAUGGGUAUUACUGCUUAGUUGGCAUUAAAGAAGAUCCAGGUCAAAUCCAUUUGAUAAAUCCCAGAGACUAUCCAGGA